ACCAUUUUGCCAUUCUCCCUCAAUUAUCUCCAUUGCUUUUAGUAGCUUUGAAGUUUCCUUUGUUUGUUCUUAUAUAUAUAUAGGAGGGCAUAUAACGAAAGACAAGAUGAAGGCAGUGAGAAAUCCUACAUUUGGGUUGUGGACUAUGUUGUUUGUUACAAUGGUUUUUCUGCUACUUGGCACUAGCCAAAGCCUAAGACCAUCUCAUUUUACCUACAAAGGGAAUGGACUUCACAAGGGUGACCAAACCAACAACAACAACCUAGAGGAUGAAAGGAAAGGGGAGCUAGGGAUGGAGCUAUAUCCAACAGGGUCAAGUCUCCCGGACUGUUCUCAUGCUUGUGGGCCAUGCUUCCCAUGCAAGAGGGUGAUGGUGAGCUUCAAGUGCUCAGUUGCAGAGUCUUGCCCCAUUGUUUACAGAUGCAUGUGUAGAGGCAAAUACUACCAUGUCCCUUCCAACUGAGCCUCUCCACUUGGCUGCAGAUUAUUGCCUCUCAAUUCCAUACUUUUUUUUUUUGUUUUUUUACGAUAGAUUAGAUCAGAGUAUGUAGCUAGCUAGGUUCUAUGGUGGGUCGGUCAGAUCUCAGAUCAGAGCAGAGUAUUUUACAUGUUAUUAGUGCUUUAAUCACAACUGUUAGUGUUUAAUUUUGUCAUGUUUUCAUGAAUAUUUAGUAAGCAGAAUUAUUAGAAAAAGGUUAGUUAGCUUUACUCGAUCUUUUUGUAGUUGAGAUAUGUCAGACAUUUUACUGUAGUAAAUAGUACUAGUAGUAUAGAUCAGUUGAGAUAUUA